AUCUGGAAUGGCGUAAUGAGCUUGAACGUAAUGUCUGCAACAAGCAUCAAUGAACAUAAACAGCAAACGCUGAGCGAAGGCCACAGUCUGGACACGAGCCGCACAAUGCUGGACCUGAACACGACAAAAAAGCAAUCAACUGUAUACGUGGAGCGGCCAGGAUUCAGACAUCACCGAAAAGAGAAUUAUGUGUGUCAUCCUCCUGUGUCCCCGCAGAGCACAGACAGUGGAGACGAGAUCAUUCAGCUCAGGAAACUGAAUGGCUCACCCGGCGAAUGUCCCAGUCGCCAGAAUCUCCAUAAGGAGCUUCUGCUCGGCCACAAGAGAGGCCUGUUGUUGGAGGAGAAACCAGAGUUGCAGCGUGUGUUACAGCAGAGGAGACUUGACCUGCACAGAGAGCAGGAACUUGCCCUCCGACCCCCUUCUGACCUGGAACAAGAGCUCCGUAAGAGGCAGCAGAAACUCCAGGAGUAUGAGAUGGAGGAACAGAGGCGCUUGGAGGAUGAGAAAAAUGUUCCAGAAUUUGUACGAGUAAAGGAAAAUCUGCGCCGCAUACAGUUGACGGAAUAAAACGAGUGAAAGGUCUAUGGAGAAGAAAUACGCCUUGUAAUUUUUACAGUUUCAUAUAAUAAAAGAGUGUUAUGAAAUUAAGUGACAUACAGUUAUAAUAGUUUAGUAAUUAAGCACUGUGUUUAAAUAUCAAAUUAAAACUAUUAAUGUCUUGUAUAA